AUGUUAUGUGUGGUUGUUGUGGGGUUAAAAAUUGGUCGUCAUAGUAACGAGAAAAUGGAGAGUCUAAAGGAGGCAUUGGGCCAAAUUAACUUGAAAACUCCCAAACAGAUAGACCAGUCUCUCAAGAGUUCCUCUUCCUCUUACUUUAGCCAAUCCAAGAAGGAGAAGCUAUUGAUUGCUUAUGCUGAAAACUUUCAGCGUCAGUUUCGACAGUUGUACGGUGACAGGAAGCCUCUUUUAUUGAAACCACCUAAUGAGAACGGAGUUGAAAAAUUUAUCUGCACUACACUGAGACCAACUCAACUCCCAUACAAGGAACUGUAUGAUUAUGAUGGCUGCAGUGAGUUUGUGUCUGAUUAUCUCUCCUAUGUCACACUGAGCAUACCCAAUGAACUGCCUGAAAAGAUUGUUUCCCCAACACAAGUACUAUCAAGUCAGAAAGGGAACUGUUUUGAUUAUUCAAUAGUCCUAGCCUCAUUACUCAUUGGGGCUGGAUAUGAUGCAUACUGUGUGUGUGGCUAUGCAACAAGAGAAAUCACACUAUUGGAUCAAACAAGGAAACCAUGCCCACAGCUAAUGAACGUACAAGAGGAAGAGCCACCAAGUGCUACUAAGGAGAAAGCCAAGUAUGCUGUACGACCUCCUAAAGACCUGAGCAGUCAAUUCCUCAAGCUACAAGAUCAAAAGGAGAAGGACAAAAUAGCUGCUGAGGAGAAGAAGAAGAAAGAAGAAGAGGAGGCAAGGAUUGCUGAACUGGAGAAACCUCCUCCUGAUAAGUUCUAUGGUCUACGAUAUCACUCAUGGGUACUUGUCCUCUCUGGGAAGAGGGAGGUGGCUCACAGCUUCUUCAUAGAGCCCACCACUGGAGAGACACACCCACUGGACUCACCUCUCUACCUUGGCAUUGAGACACUCUGGAACCACAGGAACUAUUGGGUAAAUAUGCAGGACUGCUCUCAGGGCGUUAAGAAUCUUGUGUAUGAUCUUGGGGAUGCAGCAAGGUGGGAGUAUUUCUUCCCUAGCAUUGACAAGCAGUUGCUGCUACCUGAUGAAGAAAUGGCAUUAGAGGAAGAUCAUGAAGAAGAGGAAGAGGAGCAAAAGGCUGGAAAGGAUCAUUUUCAAUUACCUCCUUCCUGGGUCAAUCCCAUAACCAUAUCACCUAAAGAUUAUGAGACAAGAUGUCCCAAGGGAAAGAAAACUGUUCUCUAUCACAAAGCUAAAGUAGAGAAAUAUGCUCCUUAUCUUAAUGCUGAUGGACUCGUGGAAAAAAUAGUUGUAUAUGCAGAUUCAGCACGUUCUAAUGUAUUGCAGACAAAGGAAAGGUUUGCCAAUAGGAAAGACCGUCUCACUAAUAGAGAAACCAAUGCAAAGACAGGCCAGAAAGUAGACAUAUUCCAGCCAGGAAGGAAAAGAAACCUUAAAGAGCACAAGUUUUACGAACCAAAGAGUUUGAAGUGUGAUUAUAGAACCUUAUACUUCUUUUCAGAUUUGAGAGUUGAUGGAUUAGCUACUAGAGAUCACACUCCAACAGAAAUGACUGAACACUUUGAAGGGAGAGAGGACAGGCUGUACUAUCGAUAUGUGACCUAUGACAAAAUAGUUAAGAGAUUUGAACCAGCCGAUAAAGAAAGAGGAAGACAUAUACAUAAAAUAGUUGAGAAGUUUCAUCGUGACCCCAACCUACCAGCUAACAGUGACAUUGCCCAGCGUACAUUCUUAUUUGAUGAGAGGAAGAUACAAGUCGUGUAUCAUUUUGAGGAUAACAGGAUAACCCCAUCAUCACGGGAAUUCUAUCUACCAGUCCUCACUGGGGAUCAAGCACAGCAACUCACAAUGAACCCUGAUAUGACAUCAGCUUACCAAGUUGAUUCUUAUAUGACAGAGCCCAAGCAGAAAGUGCUGUAUGAUAUGUUGGAGGGACUGCUAAAAGCUCAGGAAGACAGUGUCACUGCUGUUAGACUGUCAGAAAAAGAGACUGAGUCAAUACUCUCUGCUCGUAUGCAAGAGGAGCUCAAUGCUAUACUAACAAUAUCAGUCUAUGAUGUAGCUAGGAAUGAAACUGCAAGACAGCACAGACAAGAACUAGAAAGGAAGCAAAUGGAGGAGGAGAGGAUAAGACAGGAGAAAGAGAAAGACUAUCUUGCUCCAUUUUUAGCUCGUCACGGUGACCCACCCACACUCACAAAGGAGCAGAAGAAGAAGGUCACUGAGGAGUGCCUGAGUGACAUGAAGAAGAGACUAGUUGACGUCGCUAAUAUAAUACAAUCACACUUCGAGAGAGAAACUGAUGAUUUGCAAAAGAAGCAGUUAUGGUAUAAGCAGAAGCAGUCAUCAAUCACUAAAGAUGAAGAAGUGGAAUAUGUGAGCUAUUGUGGUGAAGCAAUGUACAGGAUACAUAUACUGGAACAAAGACUGAACAGACACAAGACAACAGCACCUCAGAAAUACUUGGAAUUAGAAAGAAGACUUAAAGAGGAUCCUCGUCUUUCACUCUCUUAAUGUUACUCUGUGUGUGUGUGUGUGUGUUUGAUCUUUGACUGUCAUUGAAUAUCAAUUAGAAUUCAAUAGACAUGAAAGAGAUACAUGUAAUGAAAAGAGACAGUGUGAAAAGAGAUGGAGAGGAUCAGUUUAAGAAAAUGAUCUGUUUGUUUCAGAUGCCCAUGUGUAUAUUAAACUUCAAAAUAAUUUUGAGUUUGGAA